AACUUCUACAGCAAAUUACUUUGCAUAGUUGCUGUUCUAUCUACUUUAUUUCAAUAAACCAUGGGGUUCUUCGCUAAGUCCUUGAUAUACUUCCUCUUCGUAGGGGCUGCGACUGCACGCGUCAUCAAUGAGCAGGAGGAGGGAAUCAUUGAACCAGGGCAUGUUAUCAGAAACGACAAGGGCUUUGAUAUUGUGGCUGCCAAAAAUCCAAUUAUUGCCCCAACUUCCACAACCUCUAUCAUUAAAGUUGGCCGUGCGGACACCGUCACCGCGGGAGCGCCUUCUCCUACACAAUCAGGUCUAACUUCUAACUGUGACGCCUUCUACUUUGUCGAGUCUGGCGAUUACUGUGCCGCUAUUGUUUCAAAGUUUGGGAACUUUACACUUGAUCAGUUCUACAUUUGGAACCCAGCCGUGAAGUCUGACUGUUCCAACUUGCUAGCUGGGUACUAUGUCUGUGUUGGGAUUUCAGCUUCGACUCCAUCUCCAAUUCCAUCUCCAACGCAAACCGGCAUUGCUAGCAACUGUAACGAUUACUACAAGGUUCAGUCAGGAGAUACAUGUGUGGGAAUUGCCAACGACAAUAAGAUCAGCCUUUCCGAGUUCUACAGUUGGAAUCCAGCUGUAGGGUCUAGUUGCCAGGUUCUCCUGACUGGCUAUUAUGUCUGCGUGGGAGUCAGUGGUGGGAAAAAGCUCUCCAAACGGAAAUUCAAUGGAUUCGGUCUACUGGAACGAGAAGGCAUCCCUACAGCCAUGGUGACAGUCACACCAACUUGGGCUGCGGCUCCCUCACCUACUCAACCUGGCAUCGUCUCUGGAUGCACGGAAUACUACAAGGCAGAGUCUGGAGAUACCUGCAUCUCCAUCGUAUCGGACCACUACCCUAUAAUUACUGUCUCUCAAUUUGAAGGCUGGAAUCCAGCCGUUGGGAAAGACUGCAAAACUCUCCUCGUAGGAUACUAUUACUGUGUGGCGGCGUGAAGUUGGCAAGUUGCAUUGAUCGCUUGGAUUGACUAUCGACCUAUUACAAUUGAGGAUUUGUGGCGAUGUUUUUAUCGAAAUCAUUUGCUCGGUAAUAUGCCUAGACCGUUCCAAUGUCCAAGUAGAGAAGUAUCAAUUGAUCGUGACUAAAGACAUUACAGCAA